AGUGAACAGCCUGGUGGAUGGACAGCAUGGCAUCGUAGUCAGCAGAACUCCUCGCUGUUGUGGUUCAGUCCAAACCCCCCAGCCCCAACAUUCCCUGGUUCCCCAGCUCUGUGACAUCACAGACAGCCUUCUGUCCACUCUGCCAGCUGCAGGAAACAGCCCAGCCCAGUAAAUUGGGCUCAAACUCAAGAUUGGCUGAUUCAACAAGGCACCCCUGCAGACAAAGCUGGCAGAGUAGAGAUUUCAACUCCUUUCCAUGGCAGCCCACCAAAACCUGAUUUCGAAGAUCUUCUGUUUAUGCUGCAGGGACUGUCAGGAGCCCUAUGCCAUCGAUGACUCCAAGGUUCCCAGUCAAACCCAAGAGCACAAGCCAUCGACCCAAAAUCUGCAGCUUCAGAAGGAUGAGCUUGACAGACAAAAUCCCAAGCGCAUUAACGCAGCCUCCCAUUUGCCUUCGAGAACACCCCUGAUACAGCCAAAAAAGAGCACUUCCUCCAGCAGCAGUGAGUUUGAGGAUCUGAAUGCAUAUGCCUCCCAAAGAAAUUUUUACAAGAGAAACUUAAACCGCUACUGCCAGGAGCGCUGGCCAUUCCAGCCAUGCCUCAUUGGGAGGCCCUGAGCGUUCUAGCCGGCGGCUGCACAGCUGCUGGGGCGCCUCCAUGAGGAAGAGGGCGGUGGACAGGAGUCAUGAAGAUGAAUUCGGAAACUCCCCUGAAGGAGGAGAAGACAUCUGAGCCAUCCUUGGACCACCAAGCAAGAGUCACCCCAGCUCCUGAAAAAGCCCCCAUGGGAAGAGCUGCCUCCAAUUAAAGUUCUUGAUUGCACCAGA